AAAAGCUCACGAUUGUUCGGAGCUCGAAUUCUAAAGUACAACACCUCGUCAAUCACAAGUGGGAGUCCUGAUCUAGUCAAAUUUAUAUCUGUUUGACCACUGUCUUCGCUUCUGGCAUAAGUAUCCAAAAUCGUCACGACAUCUCUAUCAGAUCAUAACGGGAUGAAUAUGUUUUUUCUCUACAUUUAAGAUGAAAGUUCAAGCCUUUAUGCUUUGAUGUAGCGCGCUCAUUUGAAUCCGAUCAUGAUGGUGACAUCACGCAUCGACUAUGGUAUUCGUAUAUAUAAGUUUUUAUCUUGAGGUUGUGAUCUUUCUUGAGAUGCUUCCGAUAAUUGAAAGUUCGGCUUUACAACAACAUGGUUCACCUCUCUGCUAUCAGUGACAUCAUCACCAGUGAAGAUACAACUAACCCGAUAUCAAAUAAGCAUCAUAAAUUGCUUACGGCCUUCGUUCCCAAUCAAGAACAGCACUUUAGCCAGAUUUUGGUGGAAUUUCUUAGCACUAAUAAGGUGAAAUUACUUCACGAUGUGGAUGCUUAUAGAUUUCGUAGUGCAUUUGUCUCAAUCCAGCCAUAUUGAACUCCUUUCUUAUGAGCCAUUCGAUCGAGGUGCGUGUUCUUAAAGGCAAAGCAAUGUCGCAACCAUUCCAGGUAGCUGAUUCUUUAAUUAUCUCAAAGUAGCUAACCAAAUCUAAGCCACUGAUAGUAAACGAUGAAAUUUCGAACCUUUAUUGUGCCAUCUGUUCGACAAAAUGCAUUCCUACAAUAAGAUCACACAACAGAGUCGACGCCUACCGUCAAGUCCAUAAGUUUAAAAAACUUGCCGCGUAAAAAACACAAGUGCUGCUCGUUGAGUAAGCGAGGUGAUUCAAAGCUUGUGAAGAUGCGCAUACCUAAGUUCGUAUAUAAAUUGGAGGUUUUGUUUGAGACUCCACUCCACUUAGAUUGUCGGCGCUCAUAAGUUGACAUAUUCUUUGUCGUCGCUGCUCUUGUGUAAUGCGGGUGAACGCGCUUCGUAUUUAAAUGUGGAUAUAGGCCUUAUUUCAGGUUCAAGAAAUGGGUAUCAACAGGCUCAUGGCAAUAGCAUUGUUGAUUUCUGCGCGAAGUAAAGGUGUAUUACAUAUACCAACACCGACUUUUGCGGAAUGAAUCACGUACUACACGAAGAUCAGCAUGGGCGCUUGAACUUUUUGGCAAAGCCAUAGUGUGAAAAGCGAGUCCUUUGCUUCCAUUCCAACUCUUGGCCAGGUUGUCAAAGAUGCAGUCCUCAUAGAGGGCAAUAACUAGCGGCGCCGCUGCUGAUUCAGCCGUAUGCGGUCGUCUUAAGGAAUGUGACCUGUGUAUCCAAAACAAUGUUCAUAGAGUGAAUUUUGUGCAUGCGUCUUGACCCCAGACUUCAAACGUUUGACAGUUAAAUCCAAGGUAUUAGUUGGCUUCUCUCGUAGUGGAGUGACCACUGUGGAAAACGGACAAGGCGUACAGCGAUUGCACGAAGUGGAUGUGAAUGGUUCGUGUGACGAUCAAGAGAAAAACAAAAUCCAUGAAGCGUUUAAGGGAUGGGGUAACUGAUCUAGCACUACUUGGAUGGAACUCAGAAGAAAAAACUGUUGUAGAAGUUACCGAAUAUGCUUGUACUUAGAUUAUAUUGAUCUCUGCAAUCAAUACUUGAUAUUUGUGC